AUCGACCCGCUCGGCUCCUGGCUGCUCCUGACUUGCCCGGCUACUGCCGGGCGGAGAGAGGACUAGGCUAGCUAGCCGAGUGACGAGCUCAGCUGAUGCAACCUGGCCCGACUCGCGUGACAGUUCCCGGCACGCGGCUGCGGCAGCAACUGAGGAAGGGACGCGAGUGCCGGGCCGAGCGUGGGAAGUAGGGGUACCGAAGCCAUGGGGGAUGCUCCCAGCCCUGAAGAGAAGCUGUACCUUAUUACCCGGAACCUGCAGGAGAUUCUAGGGGAAGAGAAGCUGAAAGAGAUACUGAAGGAGCGGGAACUUAAAAUUUACUGGGGAACAGCAACCACAGGAAAGCCACAUGUGGCUUACUUUGUGCCCAUGUCAAAGAUUGCGGACUUCUUAAAAGCAGGAUGUGAGGUAACAAUUCUAUUUGCAGACCUUCACGCAUACCUAGAUAACAUGAAAGCCCCGUGGGAACUUCUAGAACUCCGAGCCAGUUACUAUGAGAAUGUGAUCAAGGCAAUGCUGGAGAGUAUUGGUGUGCCCUUGGAGAAGCUCAAGUUCAUCAAAGGCACUGAUUACCAGCUCAGCAAAGAGUACACACUGGAUGUGUACAGACUCUCCUCUGUGGUCACACAGCACGAUGCCAAGAAAGCUGGAGCUGAGGUGGUAAAGCAGGUGGAGCACCCUUUGCUAAGUGGUCUUUUGUACCCUGGACUACAGGCUUUGGAUGAAGAGUAUUUAAAAGUAGAUGCCCAGUUUGGAGGUGUUGAUCAGAGAAAGAUUUUCACCUUUGCAGAAAAGUACCUCCCUGCACUUGGCUACUCAAAGCGGGUCCAUCUGAUGAAUCCUAUGGUUCCAGGAUUAACUGGAAGUAAAAUGAGCUCUUCAGAAGAGGAGUCCAAGAUUGAUCUCCUUGAUCGGAAGGAGGAUGUAAAGAAAAAAUUGAAGAAGGCCUUCUGUGAGCCAGGAAAUGUGGAGAAUAAUGGGGUUCUGUCCUUCAUCAAACAUGUCCUCUUUCCCCUCAAGUCCGAGUUUGUGAUCCUUCGAGAUGAGAAAUGGGGUGGAAACAAAACCUACACAGCUUACAUGGACUUGGAAAAGGACUUUGCUGAUGAGGUUGUACACCCUGGAGACCUAAAAAAUUCUGUUGAAGUCGCCCUGAACAAGUUGCUGGAUCCCAUCCGGGAAAAGUUUAAUACUCCUGCACUAAAGAAACUGACCAGUGCUGCCUACCCGGAUCCCUCAAAGCAGAAGCCAGUGGCCAAAGGCCCUGCUAAGAAUUCAGAACCAGAGGAGAUCAUCCCAUCCCGGCUGGAUAUCCGUGUGGGGAAAAUCAUCAGUGUGGAGAAGCACCCAGAUGCAGACAGCCUGUAUGUGGAGAAGAUUGACGUGGGAGAAGCUGAGCCACGGACUGUGGUGAGCGGCCUGGUACAGUUUGUGCCCAAGGAGGAACUGCAAGGCAGGCUGGGAGUGGUGCUGUGCAACCUGAAACCCCAGAAGAUGAGAGGAGUCGAGUCCCAAGGCAUGCUUCUGUGUGCUUCUAUAGAAGGGACAAGCCGCCAGGUUGAACCUCUGGACCCUCCUGCAGGCUCUGCUCCCGGUGAGCGAGUGUUUGUGAAAGGCUAUGAGAAGGGCCAGCCAGAUGAGGAGCUCAAGCCCAAGAAGAAAGUCUUUGAGAAGCUGCAGGCUGACUUUAAAAUUUCUGAGGAGUACAUUGCACAGUGGAAGCAAAGCAACUUCAUGACCAAGCUGGGGUCCAUCUCCUGUAAAUCGCUGAAAGGAGGGAACAUUAGCUAGCCAAUCUGGCAUGUUCCUCCCUUCUCCCACCAUCCUGAAUCAUCUGCGGAUGUCUUAAUUUGCUCCAUCCAUCACCUUGUUAUCCAUCUCCCAGGACACUAAAGCGGCAGGUCAAUACUUAUUAAAUACAGAACUCAGUAAGGGGCAGCUUGCCCUCCCAGAAUCUGGGAUCAUCCAGUCUGGCUGCAAUGAGAGUCUGAACCCCGCCGGGGAAUAAGGAGGGCUGGGCAGCAGCAGGGAGUCUAGCCCUCCCUUUUUUCCCUUGGCAACUGACUUGAGAAAUCUGGUUUCAAUAUAACUCAUAGAGGUUAAUGCCACAAUCCUUGUAAUUGGAAAAAUAUUGGUUUCCAGAUUUUCUUGGAGUUAUCCCAGCAGCUGUGCCUCUAGCUGGGAUUCUAGUACCUGAACUGGACUAAUUACAGCUUCUCCUCAGCCGGAAAUUGUGGGAUUUGAAUAGGAAAGGGAAGGGGAAACAGAGAACCUAGUGGUCUGCCAAGUGGUUGGCAGCUUUCCCAAUGUCUGCCUACCCUGAGGCUUGGAACUAGGGGGCAGGGUCUGUCCCAGGAUUUCUGGAAUUUCUCUUGAUCCAGCUAGGUUGGAACACUCCCUAAACCAGCUAUGUUGUUAGAUGAGGGGUAGAAGGGAUGGCACAGAGUGGUUCUUUCUUCAGAAAAGGCGGGGACUUCUCCAUAAGGCAUCUCAAUCAUCACUGUCAUAAAUUCAAAUAAAAUGUUAGAACAAGGG